AUUUAAGUUUUGAAUUUUUACAAAUACAUACUUUUCAUUCUACAAAGCUUCGUAAGCCAUAAUGUGUAAUUUACAUGCUUAGUCUUUUAAAAAAGCUAACCAAUGCAAUUUGAUAUAAUUAUAUUAUUCUAUUCUAUUCAUUGCUCAAAAGAAGGAAUUCUUCCGGAAAAUAAGAGGUCUGGAAACUAGAUUACGUCAUCAUAUUAAGUAUAUAAAUGACGUUUUAAUACGAGCGAUUAAAUAUAAAACAUUCGUUUUUUGAAAGUUAAACACACAAGACCGCUAAACGUUUCAUAGGCAGUAGUUCCCGCCACCAUUGUUGGUGACUGAAAACAAGACGUAACAAAACAACCACCUGCAUUAAUCAAGAUGAACUCCAGGUUAUCAAUAAUACCUUGGUUCUACUUUGCAUGUUUACUUGUGAAAACACAAGCUGCGGCCCUGUCAGCAUGCAUCCGUAAUGACGAUUGCGACAAAAAUUCCUGUUGUGCGUUUCGUGAAAAAAACAAUGCUGGUUUUUGUAUGCCAACACGUAACUUAGGAGAUAUUUGCUCGAUAAACUUUCAGAGAGGCAGAACAUUUUCGUGUGGUUGCAGGACAGGCCUCACUUGUGCUAUUGUUGACAAGGAUAGAAAAACUGGCGAAGAAAAAACACGAUGCGUGCAAAUUCCACCAGAACCCAUAGAACGUCAAGAAAAAACAAACGCAACAUCAUCCUUCAAGAAAUUGUAUACAGCCAGUGAACUUAGGAAAAAGUUAAAUGAGCUACAAGAAAAUCCACAAUUAAAACGCGUUAAAAAAUAAAAAUAAAGAAACAAAAAAUAAAAUAUGAGACGAAUGAUCAGAUGGUUAUCACUUAAAGUUAUUUUUAUGCAAUGCCAUUCGCAGACUUCGUCACAAGAAAACUAAAAAAUUACUUUGCUACUUCUUUCGUAGCUUCGUAAACACAAAAAUUUGUAUUAAACCACCAGACGAAAUUGUACAAAAUGAUACUAAUAUUUGUUAAGAAUGUUUCAACAAAUUUUACAUUAUUCGCCGACGGAGAAAUUUCGACAGAUUUCUAACAAUAAUUUAUCUUCUAAGAAAUGUAUAUAUAUACAAUUUAUUAUAUAUAAAAAGAUAAAAUAUAAGACAUA